GGUCAUCUGAUACCGGAGAGUGGUGCGCAUUGUUUGAAUAAUACAAUAGCCGACAUUUUGUUCUGCCGCGGACGACCUCUCUCUAAUGAGGGCGUUGUACUCAACAGUGUCAUCAGACUAUGAGCCACUGACAUCGGAGAUGGCCCAUCGGGUCGGUGAGCUAACGGUCAUGGCUGCGGGACUAUCUGAUAUCGAAAUAGUUCGAGUCGAAUUUUUUUCUUUAAUGUCGAGGACGUUGUAUUGCUUUCUUAAAAGAACAGCAGCGUGGUUGUAACUGAAACGUGACAAAGUUGAUAUGGCGAGGUGUCAAUAUCGGCUGCAAAUGCUCACUUAUGUCACGGUGUAUUUGAUUGUCCAUUUCAACAAAUUUUCUGCUGAAGUCCGUGAACUGGAUACAACGCCGUCUAUUUUUGAUGAGACAUUCGAACAAGGCUUAACGCUUGUAGAUGGCAUUUUACGCAUUGAAGAAUCGGUAAGUUCUUGUUUUGUCAGAUUAAUGACAUGAUUUACAAUUUCCCUAAAUGGGUAUUAUCUAAAAUUAUGUAAAAAUGUAAUUUUUGCAUGAGUGUUUCCAGUUCCAGAAUUGUGUUAGUACGUCUCCUUUUUACAAAAUCAGUAAUAAACUAACACCCCAACGGUUUUAUCUCUGAAACAAAUAGAUUUGAUAACACGUGACCGUUAAUUAGAUUGGCUGUCUCCUUGAGCCCACCUGCCAUGUUUCCAUGAGCCUCUUCCAUCUGAAAUCUAAAAUUAAAUAACAUUUUAAAAAUUGAAAUCAGUUUCGUGAAAGUGACAACAAACAAAACAAACAUUACUUUUCAAAUGUUGUUAUUUAAAAAAAAAAUCAAAUCCGUUACAUUAACUUCGCUUUUGUUUGUGUGUUCGUGUCAAAAUGUUCGCACGGCUAAUUGACCCACUUACCGUCAUCAUAUCGAACUAAAACUUGGCACAAAGAUUCGUUGCCAAUGACAACACAUUCGAUCAAAUUUUCAGCCCCACCACCAACUCCCGAAAACUUCGUUUUUCCUGGGAAAAAGAAUGAACUUUAAAAAUUGUUCAAUGGGUGCUUGUUUUGGUGUGGAGAUUAAUUGUGUAGCUGUUGCCAUAUACUUUGUAUUUGUGAAGUAUUUGAACAUAAAUAUUUAUUUUGUCUAUUAUGGUUUUACAUGCACUAAAUUUGAUAAAACCAUUCCCAUAUUAAACAUCAGCGGCUACAAUCACAUAGAUGAAUAUUCACGCACAAUCACAUAGAUGAAUAGUCACGCACCAUCACAUAGAUGAAUAUUUACGCACAAUCACAUGCAUGAAUAGUCACGCACAAUCACAUACAUGAAUAGUCACGCACAAUCACAUAGAUGAAUAGUCACGCACCAUCACAUAGAUGAAUAGUCACGCACAAUCACAUAGAUGAAUAUUUACGCACAAUCACAUGCAUGAAUAGUCACGCACAAUCACAUACAUGAAUAGUCACGCACAAUCACAUAGAUGAAUAGUCACGCACAAUCACAUAGAUGAAUAGUCACGCACAAUCACAUAGAUGAAUAGUCACGCACAAUCACAUAGAUAAAUAGUCACACACAAUUACAUAGAUGAAUAGUCACGCACAAUCACAUAGAUGAAUAGUCAUGCACAAUCACAUAGAUGAAUAGUCACGCACAAUCACAUAGAUGAAUAGUCACGCACAAUCACAUACAUUAAUAGUCACGCACAAUCACAUAGAUGAAUAGUCACGCACAAUCACAUAGAUGAAUAGUCACGCACAAUCACAUAGAUGAAGUCACGCAAAAUCACAUAGAUGAAUAGUCACGCACAAUCACAUAGAUGAAGUCACGCACAAUCACAUACAUGAAUAGUCACGCACAAUCACAUAGAUGAAUAGUCACGCACAAUUACAUAGAUGAAUACUUACGCACAAUCACAUACAUGAAUAGUCACGCACAAUCACAUAGAUGAAUAGUCGCGCAUAAUCACAUAGAUGAAUAGUCACGCACAAUCACAUAAAUGAAUAGUCACGCACAAUCACAUAGAUGAAUAGUCACGCACAAUUACAUAGAUGAAUAUUUACGCACAAUCACAUACAUGAAUAGUCACGCACAAUCACAUACAUGAAUAGUCACGCACCAUCACAUAGAUGAAUAGUCACGCACAAUCACAUAGAUGAAGUCACGCACAAUCACAUAGAUGAAGUCACGCACAAUCACAUACAUGAAUAGUCACGCACAAUCACAUACAUGAAUAGUCACGCACAAUCACAUACAUGAAUAGUCACGCACAAUCACAUAGAUGAAGUCACGCACAAUCACAUAGAUGAAGUCACGCACAAUCGCAUAGAUAAACUCACGCACAAUCAUCUAGAUGAAGUCACGCACAAUCACAUAGAUGAAGUCACGCACAAUCACAUAGAUGAAGUGACGCACAAUCACAUAGAUGAAUAGUCACGCACAAUUACAUAGAUGAAUACUUACGCACAAUCACAUACAUGAAUAAUCACGCACAAUCACAUACAUGAAUAUUCAUGCACAAUCACAUAGAUGAAUAGUCACGCACAAUCACAUAGAUGAAUAGUCACGCACAAUCACAUAGAUGAAUAGUCACGCAUAAUUACAGGAAUGCAAACAAAAAUACAUAUUAAAAGGAUUUAUAUGAAAAACGUAGUUUCUAUGGUUUGUUUAAUAUGUAUCUACAUUUAAUAUUUUAAAGUGGAAUAUGUACACUACCGGUGAGUAUCCCACCCUUUUCGUUGGAGAUUAUAUGAGCUCUUGGUCACGUGAGACUUUGAAGCUUUCCUUACAUAAUCUCUUGGCAGGUACGAUACUUAACAAUUUUAGGUCAAUUUGCAAUUUUAUUUCGUCUAAUGUAUUUAAAAUGAAAGGAAUUAUCGGAUUGGUAUAGAAAUCAUCAACAUACUUCAACAUACAAAAACUCAAGGAAGUUCUUUCAACAUUGCUGAGGAGAUGGAAUUUUGAAACGAGAAUUCGAUUUUCUUUUUCACACAUGUGAUUGCGCACGACAUGAUACUGUUUUAUCAGGCGUGGAUUGAACAAGAUUUUUUUUAAAAAAGAUAUUUUUUAUUUUAGUUUGUGCGUUAUUGGUGGACAAUCACAUUAUGGUAUUUGCCUUCGUGGUCUCUUCCGAUCAGGUCUGCUCUUCAACCUGCAGAUCAGGUUAUCCCAAAAGAGGACCGUUGAAAUGUGCGGUGUGCUACUGUGAUCGACUGUGUAAUGUUUACAAGGACUGCUGUCCAGAGGUGUUGCUGACACACGGAGUGACCUACAAUCAAAGCGUUACAAGUUGUAUGAGUGUCAAGCCUGUGGAUAAGCCUGUGGAUGAGGAAAGGUUUGGGAAAAAUUAUAUACAUGUUUAAUAUUGAUUAAUAAAAUAAAAAUAAUAAGUUAUUACAUAAACAUUUCAAACCUCUAGUUCUUGGGUAAAAUAAUUUUAAGAAAGAAAAUGACAGUUACAUGUUAAAACAUUAGCAAAAAAAAAAGGGAAGAUGACUGAGACCUCUGAGAGUUAUGUGUAGAUAUUAGACAUUUGUACGGUGAAUAGAAAGAGGGGGGACAACGAGGCUGACAUACAUGUUCCAGGUGACAACGAGGCUGACAUACAUGUCCCAGGGGACAACGAGGCUGACAUACAUGUCCCAGGGGACAACGAGGCUGACAUACAUGUCCCAGGGGACAACGAGGCUGACAUACAUGUCCCAGGGGACAACGAGGCUGACAUACAUGUCCCAGGGGACAACGAAGCUGACAUAUAUGUCCCAGGGGACAACGAGGCUGACAUAUAUGUCCCAAAUUUAGACAAAAAUGAUAGUUACAAAAAGCGGACCCACAAAAGGCCAAAUAACAAACAAAAGAUUAUGCUAGCAGUGUACUUGUCAGAUAGUUGAUUUUCAUGGCAAAAUGAGGGUUAUUUUUAGUUUAGCAGACUGUUAUAGCGUGUGUGUUGACCUAGUUUUUGUUAUCCUGCGUGGUGUCGAGCCGUGGCAGGCAAGCCUUACAUCCCUUUUUGGUUUUGUUAUUGACGUCACCAAUUAACUUGGUGACACGUGGUGCCAAUUCUCUCCCCCCCCCCUCCGACCGCCGUUGAUUGAUUUUCGAUUCCAGAAGGGUCUACACAGAGGGAGAAAAUACUCUCUUGCGAUUGAAUUUCUGUUCUGGAGGCUUCUGACCCCCAAAUACGACGGUCGACUAUGACCGUCAGAUUUAUGAGACUUACAGAAGCGCUAUGGCGCUUUCUAGAUUUUUCACUGUGUGUGUGUGGAUUUAUACCUGUACCCUUCUAGUGUUAAACUUUUUCACGCGCUGAGCUGUCAGUUAACAUGGUUUUUAUUUACCUGUAUUUGAUCUUGUAUUUUUCAUAUCAACUCAAUAGUCUCAUUAAAUUGAUCACUGUUAAUUUCACUAGCUUUGGUGUCGUUUAUGCUUCGCAUACCGGUUUUCAAUCCCCUUGUUAAGUAUUGUUCGUACAACGAGUCAUUAAUCUACCAAUUAAAUACACUUGAGAAUACCAAUGAUCUAUCUGCUCGGCAAAUUUGCGUCAAAGUUCUUUUUGAACGAAUUAUUUUGAGUUACAGCAUAGUGCCUUCAAAAUAGAAAUUCGAAGCAAAUUUGAUGGUGUGUGCUGAGCAUAAGAGUGUUAAGUAAAAAGGGUUGGAACAGUUUGUGGUAGCACAGUAAGAAAGCAGCCAAUAGGGAUUGGAAUUUUUUAUAUUUAAAAGAAAAAUUACUUCACACAUUCUUAAGUUUGAAAUUAAAAUAAGGACACUUUUUACGUAAGACAAUUUGGAAUCAAUUAAAUGUCAAAAAAUAUCAGCCAAUCAUCCCAAUGUUGUCCAUUCACUUCGUACGAUCCACCUCCCCAUACUGACUUAUGAAGGUGGGUAAAAGGUCACAGUGGGGUGAGUUCGUUGGCCCAAAAAGAAGUGAGUUAAGGACGAAUGAGGAAGUGAAAAAUAAGGUUUGAGAUGGCAGAGUUUAGCGGGGGUCAGGGGGUGUUGUCAAUUUCAAUAAUUUCAAUAAUUCUGUCCCCUCUUUGCUUGUCAAAUUUUGCUCUAAUACUAAAAUUCUAAAUCCGAAAUUCGUCAGAAAGUUUUUAUUUCUUUAGGAACCUUGGGCUUUAAAUAAACAAGUAGCAUUUGUCCAAGUAGUCUUGAGUUGAUGUUAAUGUUUAAAUGAACAUGUGGCUUUUGUCCAAGGAGCCUUGAGUUGAUGUUAAUGUUUAAAUGUACAUGUGGCUUUUGUCCAAGGAGCCUUGAGUUGAUGUUUAAAUGAACAAGUGGCUUUUGUCCAAUUAGCCUUGAGUUGAUGUUAAUGUUUAAAUGAAUAUGUGGCUUUUGUCCAAGUAGCCUAGCCUUGAUGUUGAUGUUCAAAUGAACAAGUUGCUUUUGUCCAAUUAGCCUUGAGGUGAUGUUAAAGUUUAAAUGAACAUGUGGAUUUUGUCCAUAUAGUAUUAAGUUUAUGCUGAUGUUUAAAUGAGCUUAUGGCUUUUUCCAAGUAUCCUUGAGUUGUUGUUAAUGUUUAAAUGAAUAUGUGGCUUUUGUCCAAGUAGCCUUGCUUUGAUGCUGAUGUUUAAAUGAACAAGUGGCUUUAACCUAAGUAGCCUUGAGUUGAUUUUGAUGUUUAAAUGAACAUGUUCCUUUUGUCCAAGUAGCCUUGAGCUGAUGUUUAAACACAGCACCAAUUUAACGAUACCAUGACUUGGCUCCAUUAUGUCAGGCCAGAUUCUGAUGUUCGCACCAACGUUGUGGUCAAGUGCAGUGGUAAAAGAUUCGGGUAUGUAGGUGUUCCAUUAAUGGACGAUGACAUCCCGUCCGUGUAUUCCCGUGAGGUCUCGGACAAAUGUCAGCAUCCCGAUGUCACUGACCCCAAGCAGUCUUUACCGGUCUCGUCCCUGGACAGUGGCAUCACCUACAGGUAUGCUACAUCUAACAGUUUGUGCUUAGAGAGAUUAUAACCAAAUUAUUGUUUCGGAAAUAAAUCAUAAACCUUUAAACUUUUGGCGGAUCAGAUCUUUGUUUUUCCUUUAUCAAGUUAAUAGCAACAUUAAAGUAUUAAAACACAAGUAAUUUGAAACCAUUGUUAACAUUCCAAAAUGAAAGAUACGUUCGUCCUCUCUUCGCUUCGCAAAGUUUACUGUACAUAAAUUAGAUAAUAAAUAAAUCAGGAUAAAUCAAACUUAAAGACAGUGGUUCCCAACUUUUGUUGGAUGCACUCUCGAACUAUUUUUAGGUAAGUCUAAAAAUUUAAAAAUACAUUAAAAAAAAAUAAAAAAAAAUAAAUUCAUUAAAACAAAAAUUGUAUUGCAAAGAGAACUAAAGCAUUCGGAAAAUAAAUGUUCAAAUAAUUGAAAUUAAAUGUCGGUGAAGAAAUUUUAAAAGUUUUUUUUUUUUUUAAAUUAAAAAAACAAUGGAAUUCUCUUCCAUUGCACAUCUGCAAUAUACCGACCAUCACAGCCUUCAAAACUGCCCUCAAAACACAUCUCUUUAAUCUCUACUAUCCUGACUGAUUUCCAACUCUUAACUAAAAAACGAUGCUGCUGGGUGUCGUCCAUGUCUUGACAUGUACAUAGUUUUAAAUAUACAUUUGUUUUAUUUAAUUAAUGUAUGUUAAUUAUUUUUUUGAGUUUUUGAUUAUGUUCGUUAAAUUGUAUAUAAAGCGUUGUGAGCCCAGCACUAGGAUGGGGUACCACGCUAUGUUAAAUUGUAUGUAAAGCGUUGUGAGCCCAGCCCUAGGAUGGGGUACCACGCUAUAUAAAACCAAUUGUAAUAAUAAUAAUAAGAAAAAUAAACACGUCGUCUCUUCUAAAAUACUAGAAAAUAUUACCCGGUGUUAUCGAGAUAAUGAUAUCAGGCAUUCUGCUAUAAUUUCUACUUGCUAUUGCGAAAACUCAUCACAAUUCUUUAUUUUAAAAAGGAGUAUCUAUGUCACGAUGUUUACGUCUCUAACAUCGUUAAAAGUUUGAAGAAGUAUUUUCCUGCUAUUCAUUAUUCGCCUAUCCUCUCCAUUUUCGCCUACCUCAACUACAAUUCACUAAUUAAAUCAUUAUUGUCACGAAAGGUAUUCAUUGACGGCUGAUUUCAACGCUAGAGAAAUACUUUAGAUUUCAUAUGUUUUUAAAUUGUUAAAUGUUGGACCUACCCUACAUCUUUUCGUGCUCCUAAAUUAAAAAAAAAAUCUCUAAAAAUUGUGAAAAACGUAAUCUAAAAGUUAUAACAAAAACUCUAAAUACCAUUUCAAAUAAAUUUUGUAUUUACGGAAUUUGAUUUACUGUUAUCUUCAUCAAAUAUUUAACCAAACUUUUGCCUUUGUUUUCUACUAUAUUAUCUGAGAAUCCUAAAACAAAGAAUUCUUUGAUCUAAAGAAGAUUCUCUGAACCAUUUUUCACGCCUGUAACAGCACUGAGUGUCUUUUGCAGCAAUGUCAUAAAUCUCAUCACAAGAUACAACCACUUUACUUGUCGCGAAGUAAAAACAAAAAUAUGUUUUCAUUUGAUGAAAGUUAAUCUUAGCCCAUACCCCUUUUUGAAAAUUAACUUUUCAAGUAUGUAAAAUGAAUCUAGUGGAUGUCUUUUUUGUGGUGAGUUGGCGACAUUAGUUUCCCAUCUCUUACCACAAGAUAUGACUCGACCCUCAUCCCCCACCCCCUAAAUCCUCAUGUACCUUAAGAAUGACCUAGAGAGCUACCUAGAGAGCUACAUAGAGAGCUACCUAGAGAGCUACAUAGAGAGCUACAUAGAGAGCUACAUAGAGAGCUACAUAGAGAGCUACAUAGAGAGCUACCUAGAGAGCUAUAAUAAUCUUAGGUAGCACGGUUAAGAUUAUUAUUUUUUUUUAAUCCAAAAAGAAGGAUUAUUUAUUAUUAUUAUUUUUUGUACAUUUAAAAUUUUCAUUGCUAGCGUGUACAAAGUCAUAAAGUCACACAAAAAGGCAAUAUUGUCAUUCUUAAAGUCAAUAUUGUCACUCUUAAAGUCAAUAUUGUCACUGUUAAAGUCAAUAUUGUCACUGUUAAAGUCAAUAGUGUCACUCUUAAAGUCAAUAUUGUGAUUCUUAAAGUCAAUAUUGUCACUCUUAAAGUCAAUAUUGUGAUUGUUAAAGUCAAUAUUGUACUCUUAAAGUCAAUAUUGUCACUCUUAAAGUCAAUAUUGUCACUGUUAAAGUCAAUAGUGUCACUCUUAAAGUCAAUAUUGUCACUCUUAAAGUCAAUAUUGUCACUCUUAAAGUCAAUAUUGUCACUGUUAAAGUCAAUAGUGUCACUCUUAAAGUCAAUAUUGUGAUUCUUAAAGUCAAUAUUGUCACUCUUAAAGUCAAUAUUGUGUUUGUUAAAGUCAAUAUUGUACUCUUAAAGUCAAUAUUGUCACUCUUAAAGUCAAUAUUGUCACUGUUAAAGUCAAUAGUGUCACUCUUAAAGUCAAUAUUGUGAUUCUUAAAGUCAAUAUUGUCACUCUUAAAGUCAAUAUUGUCACUGUUAAAGUCAAUAGUGUCACUCUUAAAGUCAAUAUUGUGAUUCUUAAAGUCAAUAUUGUCCCUCUUAAAGUCAAUAUUGUCACUGUUAAAGUCAAUAGUGUCACUCUUAAAGUCAAUAUUGUGAUUCUUAAAGUCAAUAUUGUCACUCUUAAAGUCAAUAUUGUCACUGCUAAAGUCAAUAUUGUACUCUUAAAGUCAAUAUUGUCACUCUUAAAGUCUACAUUGUCAUUCUUAAAGUCAAUAUUGUCACUCUUAAAGUCAAUAUUGUGACUGUUAAAGUCAAUAUUGUCACUCUUAAAGUCAAUAUUGUCACUGUUAAAGUCAAUAGUGUCACUCUUAAAGUCAAUAUUGUGAUUCUUAAAGUCAAUAUUGUCACUCUUAAAGUCAAUAUUGUCACUGUUAAAGUCAAUAGUGUCACUCUUAAAGUCAAUAUUGUGAUUCUUAAAGUCAAUAUUGUCACUCUUAAAGUCAAUAUUGUCACUGUUAAAGUCAAUAGUGUCACUCUUAAAGUCAAUAUUGUGAUUCUUAAAGUCAAUAUUGUCACUCUUAAAGUCAAUAUUGUCACUGUUAAAGUCAAUAGUGUCACUCUUAAAGUCAAUAUUGUGAUUCUUAAAGUCAAUAUUGUCACUCUUAAAGUCAAUAUUGUCACUGUUAAAGUCAAUAGUGUCACUCUUAAAGUCAAUAUUGUGAUUCUUAAAGUCAAUAUUGUCACUCUUAAAGUCAAUAUUGUCACUGUUAAAGUCAAUAGUGUCACUCUUAAAGUCAAUAUUGUGAUUCUUAAAGUCAAUAUUGUCACUCUUAAAGUCAAUAUUGUCACUGUUAAAGUCAAUAGUGUCACUCUUAAAGUCAAUAUUGUGAUUCUUAAAGUCAAUAUUGUCACUCUUAAAGUCAAUAUUGUCACUGUUAAAGUCAAUAGUGUCACUCUUAAAGUCAAUAUUGUGAUUCUUAAAGUCAAUAUUGUCACUCUUAAAGUCAAUAUUGUCACUGUUAAAGUCAAUAGUGUCACUCUUAAAGUCAAUAUUGUGAUUCUUAAAGUCAAUAUUGUCACUCUUAAAGUCAAUAUUGUCACUGUUAAAGUCAAUAGUGUCACUCUUAAAGUCAAUAUUGUGAUUCUUAAAGUCAAUAUUGUCACUCUUAAAGUCAAUAUUGUCACUGUUAAAGUCAAUAGUGUCACUCUUAAAGUCAAUAUUGUGAUUCUUAAAGUCAAUAUUGUCACUCUUAAAGUCAAUAUUGUCACUGUUAAAGUCAAUAGUGUCACUCUUAAAGUCAAUAUUGUGAUUCUUAAAGUCAAUAUUGUCACUCUUAAAGUCAAUAUUGUCACUGUUAAAGUCAAUAGUGUCACUCUUAAAGUCAAUAUUGUGAUUCUUAAAGUCAAUAUUGUCACUCUUAAAGUCAAUAUUGUCACUGUUAAAGUCAAUAGUGUCACUCUUAAAGUCAAUAUUGUGAUUCUUAAAGUCAAUAUUGUCACUCUUAAAGUCAAUAUUGUCACUGCUAAAGUCAAUAUUGUACUCUUAAAGUCAAUAUUGUCACUCUUAAAGUCAACAUUGUCAUUCUUAAAGUCAAUAUUGUCACUCUUAAAGUCAAUAUUGUGAUUGUUAAAGUCAAUAUUGUCACUCUUAAAGUCAAUAUUGUCAUUCUUAAAGUCAACAUUGUCAUUCUUAAAGUCAACAUUGUCAUUCUUAAAGUCAAUAUUGUCACUCUUAAAGUCAAUAUUGUGAUUGUUAAAGUCAAUAUUGUCACUCUUAAAGUCAAUAUUGUCACUCUUAAAAGUCAAUAUUGUCACUCUUAAAGUCAAUAUUGUGAUUGUUAAAGUCAAUAUUGUACUCUUAAAGUCAAUAUUGUCACUCUUAAAGUCAAUAUUGUCACUGUUAAAGUCAAUAGUGUCACUCUUAAAGUCAAUAUUGUCAUUCUUAAAGUCAAUAUUGUCACUCUUAAAGUCAAUAUUGUCACUGUUAAAGUCAAUAGUGUCACUCUUAAAGUCAAUAUUGUGAUUCUUAAAGUCAAUAUUGUCACUCUUAAAGUCAAUAUUGUCACUGUUAAAGUCAAUAGUGUCACUCUUAAAGUCAAUAUUGUGAUUCUUAAAGUCAAUAUUGUCACUCUUAAAGUCAAUAUUGUCAUUCUUAAAGUCAAUAUUGUCACUCUUAAAGUCAAUAUUGUCAUUCUUAAAGUCAAUAUUGUCACUCUUAAAGUCAAUAUUGUCAUUCUUAAAGUCAAUAUUGUCACUCUUAAAGUCAAUAUUGUCAUUCUUAAAGUCAAUAUUGUCACUCUUAAAGUCAAUAUUGUCAUUCUUAAAGUCAAUAUUGUCACUCUUAAAGUCAAUAUUGUCAUUCUUAAAGUCAAUAUUGUCACUCUUAAAGUCAAUAUUGUCAUUCUUAAAGUCAAUAUUGUCACUCUUAAAGUCAAUAUUGUCAUUCUUAAAGUCAAUAUUGUCACUCUUAAAGUCAAUAUUGUCAUUCUUAAAGUCAAUAUUGUCACUCUUAAAGUCAAUAUUGUCAUUCUUAAAGUCAAUAUUGUCACUCUUAAAGUCAAUAUUGUCAUUCUUAAAGUCAAUAUUGUCACUCUUAAAGUCAAUAUUGUCAUUCUUAAAGUCAAUAUUGUCACUCUUAAAGUCAAUAUUGUCAUUCUUAAAGUCAAUAUUGUCACUCUUAAAGUCAAUAUUGUCAUUCUUAAAGUCAAUAUUGUCACUCUUAAAGUCAAUAUUGUCAUUCUUAAAGUCAAUAUUGUCACUCUUAAAGUCAAUAUUGUCAUUCUUAAAGUCAAUAUUGUCACUCUUAAAGUCAAUAUUGUCAUUCUUAAAGUCAAUAUUGUCACUCUUAAAGUCAAUAUUGUCAUUCUUAAAGUCAAUAUUGUCACUCUUAAAGUCAAUAUUGUCAUUCUUAAAGUCAAUAUUGUCACUCUUAAAGUCAAUAUUGUCAUUCUUAAAGUCAAUAUUGUCACUCUUAAAGUCAAUAUUGUCAUUCUUAAAGUCAAUAUUGUCACUCUUAAAGUCAAUAUUGUCAUUCUUAAAGUCAAUAUUGUCACUCUUAAAGUCAAUAUUGUCACUCUUAAAGUCAAUAGUGUCACUCUUAAAGUCAAUAUUGUGAUUCUUAAAGUCAAUAUUGUCACUCUUAAAGUCAAUAUUGUCACUGUUAAAGUCAAUAUUGUCAUUCUUAAAGUCAAUAUUGUGAUUCUUAAAGUCAAUAUUGUCACUCUUAAAGUCAAUAUUGUCACUGUUAAAGUCAAUAUUGUACUCUUAAAGUCAAUAUUGUCACUCUUAAAGUCAACAUUGUCAUUCUUAAAGUCAAUAUUGUCACUCUUAAAGUCAAUAUUGUGAUUCUUAAAGUCAAUAUUGUCACUCUUAAAGUCAAUAUUGUCAUUCUUAAAGUCAACAUUGUCAUUCUUAAAGUCAAUAUUGUCACUCUUAAAGUCAAUAUUGUCACUGUUAAAGUCAAUAGUGUCACUCUUAAAGUCAAUAGUUUCACUCUUAAAGUCAAUAUUGUCACUCUUAAAAGUCAAUGUUGUCACUCUUAAAGUCAAUAUUGUGAUUGUUAAAGUCAAUAUUGUACUCUUAAAGUCAAUAUUGUCACUCUUAAAGUCAAUAUUGUCACUGUUAAAGUCAAUAGUGUCACUCUUAAAGUCAAUAUUGUGAUUCUUAAAGUCAAUAUUGUCACUCUUAAAGUCAAUAUUGUCACUGUUAAAGUCAAUAGUGUCACUCUUAAAGUCAAUAUUGUGAUUCUUAAAGUCAAUAUUGUCACUCUUAAAGUCAAUAUUGUCACUGUUAAAGUCAAUAGUGUCACUCUUAAAGUCAAUAUUGUGAUUCUUAAAGUCAAUAUUGUCACUCUUAAAGUCAAUAUUGUCACUGUUAAAGUCAAUAUUGUACUCUUAAAGUCAAUAUUGUCACUCUUAAAGUCAACAUUGUCAUUCUUAAAGUCAAUAUUGUCACUCUUAAAGUCAAUAGUGUCACUCUUAAAGUCAAUAUUGUCACUCUUAAAAGUCAAUAUUGUCACUCUUAAAGUCAAUAUUGUCACUGUUAAAGUCAAUAGUGUCACUCUUAAAGUCAAUAUUGUGAUUGUUAAAGUCAAUAUUGUCACUCUUAAAGUCAAUAGUGUCACUCUGAAAGUCAAUAUUGUCACUCUUAAAAGUCAAUAUUGUCACUCUUAAAGUCAAUAUUGUGAUUGUUAAAGUCAAUAUUGUACUCUUAAAGUCAAUAUUGUCACUCUUAAAGUCAAUAUUGUCACUGUUAAAGUCAAUAGUGUCACUCUUAAAGUCAAUAUUGUCAUUCUUAAAGUCAAUAUUUUCACUCUUAAAGUCAAUAUUGUGAUUGUUAAAGUCAAUAUUGUCACUCUUAAAGUCAAUAGUGUCACUCUUAAAGUCAAUAUUGUCACUCUUAAAAGUCAAUAUUGUCACUCUUAAAGUCAAUAUUGUCACUGUUAAAGUCAAUAGUGUCACUCUUAAAGUCAAUAUUGUGAUUCUUAAAGUCAAUUAACAGUGAGAAUUUCAGUUAUAACACACUGUUAAAGUCAAUAGUGUCACUCUUAAAGUCAAUAUUGUGAUUCUUAAAGUCAAUAUUGUCACUCUUAAAGUCAAUAUUGUCACUGUUAAAGUCAAUAUUGUACUCUUAAAGUCAAUAUUGUCACUUUUAAAGUCAACAUUGUCAUUCUUAAAGUCAAUAUUGUCACUCUUAAAGUCAAUAUUGUGAUUGUUAAAGUCAAUAUUGUCACUCUUAAAGUCAAUAUUGUCAUUCUUAAAGUCAACAUUGUCAUUCUUAAAGUCAAUAUUGUGAUUGUUAAAGUCAAUAUUGUCAAUCUUAAAGUAAAUAUUGUCAUUCUUAAAGUCAACAUUGUCAUUCUUAAAGUCAAUAUUGUCACUCUUAAAGUCAAUAGUGUCACUAAUUGAGCUAAGCUCCAUGGCAUAUGACGGAUCAUUUUUUGUGCUUUGAAAAUUACUUUAGAUGUCUUGUGUUUAGAUGUCUUGUGGUUAGAUGUCUUGUGUUUAGAUUCUUGUGUUUAGAUGUCUGGUGUUUAGAUGUCUUGUGUUUAGAUGUCUUGUGUUAAGAUUCUUGUGUUUAGAUGUCUGGUGUUUAGAUGUCUUGUGUUUAGAUGGCUGGUCUUUAGAGUUCUUGUGUUUAGAUGUCUUAUGUUUAGAUUUCUUGUGUUUAGAUGUCUUGUGUUUAGAUGUCUUGUGUUUAGAUGUUUUGUGUUUUGAUAUCUUGUGGUUAGAUGUCUUGUGUUUAGAUGUCUUGUGUUUAGAUGUCUUGUGUUUAGAUGUUUUGUGUUUAGAUAUCUUGUGGUUAGAUGUCUUGUGUUUAGAUGUCUUGUGUUUAGAUGUCUUGUGUUUAAUUGUUCUGGUUUAAAUAUUUUUGUCUUUUUAAAGAAGAUUUUAGUGUGUGUGCUGGAAAUGAAAACUCAAUAAUUACAUUGUAUUCUAAAAAGAUUUCCACUCAUUUGCAUCAAUAAAAUAAUCAUAUCUUAUGUUAAAAUGAAGACAAUCAUAUGAGAAAAGUGGAAACUAAACAUAUAUUUCAUCAACUUUUAAUAACUUAUUGAAGCAAACAUAAUUUUUUAAAGCAAAAUGGUCACCUUGACGCAAGAAACGCUAAGAAAAGAUUUCACUCAGUGUUUUGUAUAAGUAGGUGUCAUAAUAACGGGGAACGAAAAAAAAAAGAAAUUAGAAAAAGGUUAGGGGAAAGCAUGGACAAUAGGCUGACAUAGAUAGUUUUUUUGUGUGCUGGCACCCGUCCGUCACAAUGUGACGCUGGUGUGGACUUGGCAGGAGGAUUUCCACAAAGCCUGGGAUUAUUCUUUUAGGAUUAUAAGCUGGUUCCCAACAACAAAUCGCCUCUCUCCAAGCAUCUGGAUAAGCCCAAGGGAAGAUCAUCUGGAUGCUACAGCUUAGCAUCAAUGGCGUCGCAGGAGUUUACGUGAUGUUUCAUUGCACCAAUGUCAUCCGCAUACGGAACUCCGUCUCCGAGUUUGAAUUCAGAGUAUCCUUCUCAUAAUUGGGUUGCCAUCCAAGGUAGACUUAAUGUUUACUUUGUCAUCUUAUCAACAGGAACAUUUACUGCGCCCAGUGUCACAGAGACAGCACAAACGUCACCAGAUGGGACCUGUCCAUUGAUUGCCUCGAAACGUCCUCAAAGCUGCUGAAUGGCCCCCUCUCUAAAUUGAAGAUUUUCAAACGCCUCAUGACGCGGGAAGGCUCAGAUGAAACGGGCUGCCAGCUGUCGUUCAUCCCAAAAGCCGUGACCCACUCCAGAGCGUGCCACUUCUCCGAGCCUGACGUCAUUGGUGCCUGUAAUGUCUCCGGCCAGUGGCAACACUUUGAUGAGCACGUGGAGCGUGCGUGUUCGCUGUAUACGUCGGUUUUUCUGUUCAAGUAUAGGAACAUGUUCUGCUUCAUCUGUAACUCGGAGUAUCUGAUCGACCAAAAGAUUAAAUUAUACAUGUUGGUUCAAGAGGGCCCCGAGGUCAAUGUCGCUCGUCUUAGUUACGCCGCUCUGAUGAAUUUUGACGAGGCGUCGCCUGGAACGACGGAAGAGUUGUCUGUGACAGCGUAUAAGGAGACUGUCGGCGUGGAGGAUGAUCCGAAAGGGAGAUGUUCAACUCUUGAAAUUUAUGAUGACGUCACGGUAAGUCGGACGCAGGAAAAGUGGUGUUUGUUUUGUAAUGUAUGAUUUGCCUAGGAUUUAUGACCUCAUUUUAUGAUUGCAUAACUUUAUCUUAAUUCAAAUUUAUGUUUUCUUUUUAAAUUUGAAAGUUCAUUUUUACCAUAAACGAUCGUAUCCGGAAAUUUGACGGAAAGAAAUUUCGUCAGUUUUUACGUUUAAAUUUUGCUUCAAAUUUCUUUUUGAACGCAUUAUUUUGUUUUAAUAUAUAGUACAGUGCGUUCAACAAGAAAUUUGACGAAAAUUUUAACGCGUGACUGAAAAAAAGAUUCGACAAAAUUUCCGUUCGAUCAAAUUUCCGUCGAUCAAUUUACCGCCGACGCCAUUUAUUUCGAUCAAAUUUCCGGUAACCAUAAACGAUACAUUUUAAAGAAGUGAAAAAUCGGAUACAAAAAAAAAAAUAAAAUUAAAUUAAUUUAAUACAUUGAUGAUUUCACCAUUUUAAUUUUUAGACAAUGCGGUUUUGUUUUAAAAAUAUAACGUGUAUAUCUUCUCGCUAUAUCUCUCUCUUAAUAUAUCUCUCUAACCAUAUAUCACUCUAUCCAUAUAGCUGAUUGUCAACAUAUCUCUCUAACCAUAUUUCACUCUAUCCAUUUAUCUCUCUAUCCUCAUCUCUAUCCACAUAUCUCUCUGUCAUUAUAUCUCUAUAUCAAUAUAUCUCUCUAAUCAUAUAUCUCUCUAUCCAUACAUCUCUCUAUCCAUAUAUCUCUCUAACCAUAUCUCUAUUAACUAUACAUUUCUCUAACUAUAUAUCUCUCUAUCCAUAUAUCACUGCAUAUAUCACUCUAUCCAAAUAUCUCUCUAAUAUAUCUCUUUAUCCAUAUAUAUCUCUGUGUCAAUAUAUCUCUCUAACCAUAUACCUCUCUGUCAAUAUAUCACUCUAUCCAUAUCUCUCUCUGUCCAUAUAUCUCUCUAACUGUAUAUCACUCUAUCCAUAUAAUUAGUGUCAAUGUCACAGGCCGCUAUGUGCUGAAGGCAAAACUCUCUCCACCAAUGGAUCGUGUCAGAGUAUCGUCUACUCCAACAUCUUGGGCUACCACGCAUGCGUGAUGGUCGAAGUAAUAAUGUCCAGACCAAUGUCGGGUCGCUCGUUUGACCAGUUCAUCGUUUACACAAUGCUUAUGGACUUACCGUCAAUGACAAGACACUCGCUGCACAUUUCAAAGUGGUGUCCGAACGAUACGAAGAUUGCCAUCGGCUGGGAAAUGUAUGUCACAAGGGAGGGCACUUUAGAAGAUCUGGAACAAGACAUUCAUCAACUGCUUCCGGUUCUUGUGCGCACUGUGGAACAAAGCUUCCAGGACAGGGCGAUAAGCUCAAAGUUUAAAUUCAUCGACCAGUGCAGGCCAGACACGCUUCAACCACUGCCUUGCCCAAGAAAUCAAUCCGUUUUAUACCCAACUAUCGUUCCACGUGUUUUGAUACUUGGCAAUGCGGAUGCUCAAAGAGUUCAUUACAUUGAAUUUUCUGAAAUAAACAAGUGCAGUUUCAUGGAAGUUGACUCAUCCAAUUUCAGAGAUUUUGGGGACUAUUAUGAAUUUAUACCCAAUGGAAACAAAGUUU